AUGGACCAUAUGAAUCUACUUAUAAGAGGAGUUUAUUCGAAAGCAUGGAUAACUCUUCAUCAAAGGCUAAGGACGGAGACAUUCUCUGGUGAUCGCUUCGUUCGGGAACGGCAAAGAGGGUGUCGGCGGAUUCUUCGCAAAUGCCUCCGAGACACAAGGUGCCCAGUGGAUAUGCCGGCGGAAACGCGAACAUACCUCGUCGAGGUCACGCUCCAGUCGUUCAUGAAGACGCAGACAAGCGUCCUAGAUGUUCUCCUAGCAACAGAGACGCAAAGAAUUGCGCAGUUACAAGGAAAUAUGCAAAAAAGAGUGGUGUGA